AUACGAAAAUCCUUCAAGAUCGCUUACUGGUUUUGAUUUUGCUUGGCGAACGUGCUCGACAGCUCUCUGGCUAUGGCGGAAGAAGAUGAUUACAUGGGCGACCUCUCUCAGUUCCUCACUCCAGAAGUCACCAGCCCUCCAAAAGCUUCAUCCAAAAUGAUUUUGAAUACCAAAAACCCAAGUAAUUUUCAACCCUCGAACAAAAAAUCUAAACUGCUAAACUGGCAAGAACAACGUAAAAUCGAUAGGGAGCGAAAGCAACAGGAAGAGGAUGAGAAAACGUUGGCUAAAAUAGAGACUGCUCCAAUUCCACAAUCCAACAUUGGAUUCAAACUUUUGAAGCAAAUGGGGUAUACCCCGGGUUCCGCACUUGGUAAGGAGGGCUUGGGCCAGGCUGAGCCGGUGAAGAUUGACAUUCGGCGCUCACGGGCUGGGAUUGGGCGGGAGGAUCCGCAUAAGGAGAAGAGGAAGCGAGAGGAGAUAAGGACUUGGGCGGAAAGGAGGACCGAGGAGGCUAUGAUGGAGGAGUUUGGGUCUAGGCAGAAGUCACAGUGGCGGAACAAGAGAGUUGUGGUUAAUUUUAAGAAGGCACAGGCAGCGUUGGAUCAAUUGGAGAAUAAGGAAGUUGUGCCUCCGGAGAAGAAUGAGAACGGGGAAGAGGAAGGGGGAGAGGAGGAAGAGGAAGAAGAAGAAAUUACAGAAGAGGAUUUACAUGAGAUAUUGAUGAAACUGAGAGAUGAACAUAGGUACUGCCUCUUUUGUGGAUGCCAGUAUGAAUCAACGGAGGCACUAUUGUCGUACUGCCCUGGAACUGAGGAAGACGACCACUGAACUAAGUUCCCUUAUGCAUGGACCCCCAGAACGUCUUCCUUGUUGGACAAGAUAAUUCCAAGCGGUAAUGCAGGUCUUCUUUUGAGAUGGAUGCACUUUGCUUGCAAUGGAGAUAUCUUUCCUUAUUCUUCAUCCAAUUGAUCCGGAAGUUCCUAAGAUCUGACGUGCAACUUUCUGAGUCAGAAACCCGAGUGAAGGCACAGAAGUUGGUAACGAAGAAAUUGAAUUGAAUGUUGGAGCAGCUAAACCCACAUAACUACUAGGUUAGGGAAAUCCCUAUACUCUAGACCUCUGAGAGCAUUAUUUGAAUUAGCUCCCAAGUCAUAGUGUGUGGAUAUGUAUAGCCCCAAAUACAAGAGCCGAAGUUCAACAAUGUAACUGUUGAGUAUUUUAUUGCCCAUACUAUUAUUUAAAAUUAUUCUUUCGUUUGUAAGAGUUGGUUAAGAGCAUUUUCCGUUUUACUCGAGGUCCCGAGUUCCAAUCCCUCUGCCCAGUAUCGUUAUGUUUGUAAUAUUUUGAUCAACGAGUCCAACACCCAGUUAGUAUUUAACUCAUCACA